GUCGUUUGGGGUCCCACACGAGACGAAAUGCCUCCAGCCAACCUCUGGCGAAUCUGGAAUGGCCUCCUGCCUCAACUGGACACCACCCGGGCUGAAGCGAAGGUGAUCCGAGAUGGCUAUUACAUUGGAUCGCUGUUCAACCAAUUUUUGACAGUUUUGAGCCGACUCAAGCUCAGAUACCUCGUCUGGAGAACUCGGCACGGCGAUGCCUCUAGGGCCCCAUUAACAAUUAGCAGGUCUAAAUCUGCACAUGAAAUCCGUUUCACUUACUCCAGUAGCCCACGAUGA